AUGUCGGACAACAGCCACACCGGACCCUACGUGCGGAUCGUCGAGCAGCCGGCGCGCAGUGCCGUCCGAUUCCGGUACGAGUGCGAGGGUCGGUCGGCCGGCCCCAUACCCGGUGUGUCGUCCACGCCCUCCUGUGCCACUUACCCCACCAUUCAGAUCGUCAACUACAGGGGCUCGCGGGCGAUGGUAGUGGUGUCGUGCGUGACAGUGUCGCCGCCCUAUCGGCAACACCCGCACCAUUUGGUGGGUCGCGUGGGCUGUCAUCAGGGCGUCUGUACGCUAAUAGUGGACAAUACGGACCACUUGUGUUCGUUCACUCAUUUGGGUAUUCAAUGCGCUAAACGUAACGAAAUCUCCUCAAGACUUAAGCUCCGGAAGCAACUCCGGGUAGACCCUACCAGUGCCGGCUUCGAUCACAUCAUGAAAAGCUCCCGUUCCCUCGAUUUGGGCGCUAUUAGGCUGUGCUUUCAGGCCUAUAUAGAAGAUCCUGUGACCCGCAAAUUCACGCGACCUCUGGCGCCCGUAGUCUCUGAUCCGGUAUAUGAUAAGAAACUGCUGCCGAAGCUCAUCAUCACCGACAUCUCGACUACCUGUGCGCCUAUAACUGGUGGGAAAGUCAUGCUAUUCUGUAACUACAUCGACGAGGAGGACAUUGAGGUGCGGUUUUACGAGUUGGACACUACCGGCGCUGUGGUCUGGGAGUCGAUCGCCGAUCUCAAGCCUCCGGUGGGUGAGGUUCACAAGCGGGUGGGCAUAUCGCUGAUGGCACCGGGAUAUCCGUACAGCGACGACAUGUCUGGUGGCAAACCAGUGCCGGUUUAUUUGCAACUGAGACGCCCAUCAGAUCAGCGCUCAUCGGAUCCGGUGGUGUUCACGUACUUACCCGACUGUCCCUAUGAGAACUGCCCCCUCGCUCUCUACCAGCGCCUACACCGGCACCAGAGUCAAGGCAAUAGUAACUCGGAAUCCCUGUCCACCACUACGACCACCACCACUACCGGUCAUAAUCAUCAUAACCAUCAGCACCAACAGCCGACUAUCAGCUCGAAAAGAGGUCGUAUGAAGCCGACUACUGGUGCUAAGGAUAGCUAUACUACUAAUGAUGAUAAUAAUCGGGACAUGAAUUGCAAAAAGAGGGUAAAAGUGCUGAAUGUACUCAACGCGAGCGAUAGCGAGGAUAUGGAGGGCUCGGAUGAUGGCGUGGAUGAGGACAUGACACCGACCGCAGGGGACAGGGAUGUGUAUCACGGCAUCAGUCAGUAUUACAGUCAAAAUAGUCAGUAUUUUGGCGCUAAUUGUCUCCACAAACCGGAUGUGAAUAAUAAUCACAUGAAUGGCAACCAAUUGGCGAUCAAAUGCGAGCCAAGUGGUGGUCAGACUGACUGCCAGUUCCCCGAUAGUGGCGGCGCUCUCAUGUCCGUCAACGCCGCCAGCAAUGAUCUACUCAUGGAGUGCCUCAAGACUAUAGACAUCGACUGUUUGGCUGCCAUGCAGUUCACGGCACCCGGUGCCCCAGACUAUCACCACAACCCCAUCCACACCACUAACAACACCUAUACAACCGGUGAUGACGAGGACUGGGGCUCAUCCCUGCAGCAAACAGCCGGCGCUCCUCACUAUCACAGCGAUAAUAGCUACACGUAUAGCGACUAUAAUGAUAGUAUGGCUUACUAUCAGAAUCAGCCACCGGUGCUCGACAGUCAGGAUAAGCUAAGUUUUAUUGACUUGUAA